AUGAAGCGCGAAGCAUUUUUGCAAAUUGUGUCUAAAGAGUCAAUUGAAGACUUCCUGCGUUACACUCAGAGCCCUAAAAAUACAUGUGAUCAUUUUGACUUGAAUGAGCUACUUCAAGAAUUGCCAAGAAAGCAGAAAGAAGUGCUAUGGCAGAGACUGACACAGCUGCUGACAGAGAGCUUGAUGGAGAACCCUGUGGAAACAUGGCACAGGACUGGAGAUGAUGGAAAUGAUGAUGACAUGGAAGUUGAGAUAGUUCCAGAAAUGAAACAGACUGUAGCAGUGAUCCAAGGAGUGGCAGCUGUUGUUAUUGCUUCCAUACCUGCCGUGGAUGAAAAUGUAAACUACAAAGCUCUUGUGGAAUGUGUGUUUAUCCUAAAUGGUAUCCUUCCUGCAUUAUCUACAUCUGAAAAAAACCUACAGGAUGCCAUCCAACGUGUGUGUGAAAUGUGGUGGGAGAAGGGACUGGAGGGGAAGGAGCAGCUGGGGAAGACCCUGUUUGUCAUUCUGCUGAGGAAAAGCCUGAAUAAAGCUGCUGUGGGUGCGGAUAUAGUUCGUGUAUGGAAUCUACAUCAGACAUUACUUUGUUUUGAUUAUGAUUCAGAUGAGAGUAAUGAAGUCAAAGACUUGUUGCUUCAGUGUUUUAUGAGUGUAAAACACAUUAAGAAAGAAGAGGGAAGAAGACUCUUGAGUUUUUUGUUCACCUGGAAUGUAAACUUCAUUAAAAUGAUACAUGGAACUGUUAAAAACCAAUUACAGUUCUUUCCAAGAUCCUUGGUGGAAUGCAUUUCAGAAGUUUACUUCAGGGCCUGGAAGAAGGUGUCAGGAGAAUUCACAGAGGUACUUGAAUAUAACUGCAUUCAGGAUUUCAUGCAUCAUGGAAUUCAUCUUCCCAGAAAUUCUUCUGUUCAUUCCAAAGUUAGAGAGAUGCUGAGUUAUUUUCAUAAACAAAGUAAAGUCCGUCAAGGAGUUGAAGAAAUGCUCUAUAGAUUGUAUCAGCCCAUCCUCUGGAGAGCACUAAAGGCCAGAAACUCAGAAGUUCGAGCAAAUGCAGCGUUUUUGUUUGUGGAUGCUUUUCCUGUUCGUGAUCCCAGUUUUACUGCUGAAGAGAUGGACAGUGAAAUUCAGAAACAGUUUGAAGAACUUUUUAGUCUCUUAGAAGAUCCCCAUCCAGUUGUUCGCUCUACAGGGAUACUGGGAGUUACUCAGAUCAUAUCCAAGUACUGGGAGAUGAUUCCUCCAACAAUUCUUGCUGAUCUUUUAAAAAAGAUAACUGGAGAUCUGGCAUGUGAUAUAACAUCUGCUGAUGUUCGAUGCUGUGUUUUUAAAUGCCUGCCAAUAAUUUUGGACAACAAACUAAGUCACCCACUCCUGGAGCAGCUCCUGCCUGCAACCAGACACAGUCUGCAUGAUAAUUCUGAGAAGGUGCGAGUGGCUUUUGUGGAAAUGCUGCUCAAAGUGAAGGCUACCAAGGCUGCCAAGUUCUGGAAUAUCUGUCCCAUGGAGCACCUCCUGGCCCGGCUGGAGGCGGACUCUCGGCCGGUGUCGCGGCGCAUCGUGAACCUCCUGCUGAACUCCUUCUUCCCCAGUGCCCAGCCCGAGGAUGUGUGGUGUGAGCGCUGUGUCACCCUCAUCCAGAUGAAUCCUGCAGCAGCCAGGAAGUUCUAUCAGUAUGCCUAUGAAUUCACUGCCCCCACCAAUAUAGCUAAAUUGAUGCUCACCAUUCGGCGCUGCUUGAACGCCUGCAUCCAGAAAGCAAUGAAAGCCAGUCUUCAUGGCAGUGAGGAUGAGGAUGAUGAUGAAGAUGGAAGUGAAAAGGAGAACACCAGUGUGUUGAAUAAUGUGUUGUCAGUAAAUGAUGUGGCCAGCAUGGCAAGUUUGUUGGAGAUCACUGUAAUACUCUGGAGAAGCAUCCACAAGGCACUAGAUCAUAAUGAGGAUGCCAAAGAAUAUGCUAUCAAGAAGUUUGCUUCUGUACUUCCUGAAUAUUUUAAAGUAUUUCAGGAUGAGCGGUGCAUGACUCCACUGAUUAUUCUGGCAUCCUUUAUGCCCCCUGCUGCUAUUCCUACAUUCAGCUGUGGUGUGCUUUCCAGACUCAGAAAUAUUGACAGUGGAGCUGACCAAAACAAAUAUUCUACCCUGAUCGACUGCCUGUGCCGCUGGGGUCAAGUGGGGCACAUUUUGGAAUUAGCCUGUGAUUGGCUCUCUGACUCACUCACUCCAACAAAGAAUGCUAAAACAUCUGGGCGUCGAGUACGGAUCCAUGUACCACAGGAAUCCAAGCCAGACCUAGCAAUUGAUUACAUUGAGUAUUUAUUGACUCAUCCUGUCAAUUGUGGUUGCCUACUUUCUGUUCCUAAAAAUAAACUGAAGAAGCUUUUGAAAAUCCUCGGUGCUGCAAAGAAACUUCUUGGCUCAUUUCUGGAAGGAACAGAUUCUGGUGGCUGGAAUCAAGCAACCAGCCUAAGAGCCUUCAGCCUCUUUUGCAGAUUGACUGUUCAUCUUCAGCAUAAGUUUUCUGAAGAAGGAGAAGAUCACAUUUCACUUCUGAAGGAGACAGGUGCUUGGAUAGAAAGUCAAGUUGUACCUUUUAUACUAGCAAGUGAUCAAGAGGAUGGUAUUUCAAAACACAGUGAUGUUUCUGAAUUCAUUAUCCAGGCCUACCUGACAGUGUGCAAAGAUGUCAUAAUGGUGGGCCUGGGAAAUGUCACAUUUCAAGCACACCUGUUAGAAAUGGCUCUUCAGGUUAUGCAAACAGAGAGAGGUAGCUUUUGUGCUCCAGUGUUGCUGUGUGCUCUAAAAGAAAUUAUUGAAGCUUCUUUAAAUCAGAAUACUGAGACAGAGGAAGUGACAAAUCUUUUCCACACUCUACAAAACGUCUUUCAGAAAAUUUUAGAAUGUGUGGCACACAGACUUAAGAAAGAGCAGGAAAAAGGAAUUCAGUUGAUUCGCUCUAUUCAGAUGCCUCUUGGAGAAUUCAUCCAUGCACUGCAGUGCUGGCAUUCCACAUUCCCAGCAGUUCACCAGGGUGUUCUCUCCACUCUCCUGGCUGCAAUAGUAGCAGAGAUAAAUUGUGUGCUACAGAAGGCUUCCAGUGAAAAUGACUUGACUAUGCCAAAGGCUAUUUCAGACCUUCCCCCUCUUUCAAGCAAUUUAAUGGCUGUAAUUAUGAAGUCAGCUAAUGUUGUCAGGUCAAUUUUAAAUGAAUUGAUGGAGUGCAUUCUCUCAGAAGAAAUUGAAGGGAUUUUUAGUCUAACAGCUACUGUCUGCAUUGUGACUGUAAUUAAAGGUAAGCACAAAACUUCACUUCUAAAGGAUAUUGCACCUGCCAUUCAAAGGAAGCUGAUAAUGUGCAAGGAUGCUGCCACAGAAGAAUCCAGAGGCACUGAAAGAUUCCUGUGUGAAUCAUCUCUGAAAAUUUUGGAUGAGUUUUUCAAUCCUUGACCACGCAGAAGCUUUCGUCAUGAAAAUUGAGGG